AUGGUUGUGGUGGCGGCUAGUAGUGUUCCGAUGAAUCUUGAAUCUUUGGUUAACGAAAACGGAGAAGAAACGAUGGCUCCUCCUGCGAAAAAGCAACGAUUUUGCGACGAGAUGAACAGAGUGGCGGAGAUUGUGCUGGUUUUGUCGGCGUUGGGGAGGAUGCGAGGAGGGAAAAACCCGUCGGAGUUGGAAUUCGAGCUGAUGGUUGAAGCUAGAGCUUAUGUUGGUCAUGGAACCUGUUCAAGCACAAUAAGAAUAAGAAGAAUUCCGCUGCAAGAAGAAGAGAAAGAUGCAGACUAA